UGCGCGCUGAGCGGAUCCGGCUGCUCCACGAGGACUGCCGCGGCCCCGGCGUGAUCGCGGGGCAGGUAGCCAGAUGAGUUGGGGCUGAGCUGCGCCGGGGCGCGGGGCUGAGGCCAGAAUUUGUCCGAAGACCUGGUACGGGCGAUUCCUUCCUGCGGAAAGGGACCAUUGCCAUGGGAACGAGAGAGCUGGCCCGGCGGGGAUGGUGGCCCCGGGAUCGUGACUGGUCUACCCUCUCGCGAAGACCCUCGCCUGAGGCUUCCCGGUGCGGCUGCUUCCUGAACUGACCUGCCCGCCCUCCUGCGGGGAGAGUUGUCCGUGGACACAGCCCAGCAGAAAGCUGCAGCUCUCAUGCCUUGCUGACUGCUCACCCACCGCCUUGAUGUCAGCAGCGCAGUAUGCCUUCCCAAUUCAGUCUGGGCAGCCCUCAGUCAGCGGCCUGUCCCAGAUCACCCGGAGCCUGUAUAUCAGCAACAGUGUGGCCGCCAACGACAAGCUCCUGCUGUGCAGCAACCACAUUACCACAGUCGUCAACGUCUCUGUGGAAGUGGCGAACGCCUCACACGAGGACAUCCAGUAUGUGCGGGUGCCUGUGGCCGACACGCCCACCGCGAGUCUCUACGACUUCUUUGACCCUAUCGCCGACCACAUUCACAGUGUGGAAAUGAGGCAGGGCCGCACACUGCUGCACUGCGCCGCUGGGGUGAGCCGCUCGGCCGCCUUGUGCCUGGCCUACCUCAUGAAAUACCACGCCAUGUCCCUCCUAGAUGCCCACACGUGGACCAAGUCAUGCCGACCCAUCAUCCGGCCCAACAGUGGCUUUUGGGAGCAGCUCAUCCACUACGAGUUGCAACUGUUUGGCAAGAACACCGUGCGCAUGGUUAGCUCCCCAAUGGGAGUGAUCCCUGACAUCUAUGAGAAGGAAGUCCGUUCCAUGAUUCCCCUGUGAGCCAUCUCGCCAGCCCCUGCAUGGGGGACAGAGGUACAGAUCUGUUGUACAGAUCACAUGCCAAGAUCCAAACUUGAACAUUCUACUUUUGUUGAUAUAGAAAAACACAGAUGAUGCCUUUUAUGAGGGCAAGAAAAAAGAGUUGCUACAGCUUUUAACCUUAUAAUCCAUAUCUUUGCCAGGUGUGGUGGCUCACACCUAUAAUCCCAGUGCUUUGGGAGGCUCAGGUGGGAGGAUCACUUGAGGC